GGUCUUUAUGGCAGAAAAUUCUGAGACCAAGGAGAUUGUGGCCAUUAAAGCGGCGUCCAAGAAGGAAGAUCCCAUCUUUGGCGGCUUCCCUGUGAGCCUUCUGCGAGAGAUCAACAUUCUGAGGAGCGUGCGACAUGAGAACAUUGUGCAAUUGCACGAGAUCGCACAGACACCUCAGGGGGAUCCCUUGAUCGUCAUGGAGUUCUGCCAAGCCUCGUUGCUGGAGCUGAUUCACAGCCCAAAGCACGACUUGAGCUUUUCGGAGAUCAAGUACAUCAUCCGCCAGGUGUUGGAUGCCACUGGUUGCCUUCAUCAGAGAGGUAUCCUGCACAGGGACUUGGCCACCAAGAAUGUGCUGUUCAACCUCAGUGGCGAGAUCAAGGUCUGUGACUUCGGCAUCUCACGAAUGGCCUUUGGGCAGGAUGAUGACCUAGGCUUUAUCUCCGCCAAGGGCUUGGAACCUCCCAACAUGAUCGUGUCGCUGCCCUACCGUGCCAUUGAGCUCUUGCUGGGCGAAUCGAAGUACGGCCCCAAGUUGGACAUUUGGUCCGUGGGCUGCAUCCUGGCAGAGAUCUUGCUGUGUCAAACUGGGCGCCGGAUACCUUUCUUCGGCGGGAGCUUGGAAAAUCCGAAUAAGAACCCCACGAUGUACGUGGAGGAGAUUUUCCAGAUCCUGGGGAAACCUACGGAUGAGACCUGGCCCAACCUCCACAAAUUGCCCUUGUUGAAGACCUACAACACCGGGAAGAUCUCCAGCGCCAAAGCGCACAAAGAGCAGGGCGAUGAGCGCGCCUUUUUGCGGCGUUUCUUCCGAUCACAAGAGGGGAAGCCUGCAGAUACCAAGUACUGCCUCACCGAGAGCUUCUUCGAGUUGUUGGCUGGCCUCUUGACGUUGUGUCCGGAUCAGCGCAUGACCGCCGCUGAGGCCUUGCAGCAUGCUUUCUUUACCAAGGAAAAGCCGGUGCCCGAGUGGCACGCCUGGCAUUGGGCCCUGGCCUCCGCGGAGAUUCCACGGGGAGACAAAAAGGCGAAGGUCGAUGAAGACGAGACGAAGAAACUCUUGAAACAACUCUCCAAAGAAGAACUCGGACAAGGAGAUGAGGAGAAGGGUCAGCAUGGUCACAAGGCAGUCCUUGAGAAGUGGAGGGAACAAGCUGAGAAGAGACAACAGGAGGAGCUGAAAAGAAGCUCCUCCACGAAGUCUGUGAAGGCGUCCCAGAUUAUGUUGCUGGCCUUUGACAAUGGUGGAAAUAUGGUCCUACGCCACCAUGAGCAACCACAGCUGGCAGAACAGCACCCGCUGCAACGCCCAUGGCAUUUGUCGCAGCUGCAUGGGCCGUUACGUCGAGAUCCAGAUCCUGGAAGAGGGUCGCUGGGACGACGGGGCGGAUUGGUGCGCUUGUGUGGUGAACGUCACUUUAACCCCCGAUGCCCCGGGGAGCGCUGCAGCUAUCGCCUGGUUCCCUUGGAUGUUCAGAGGGCCCUGGAACGCUCGGCGCGCGGCGAAGAAACCUGGCAGAAGUUCGAGCAGCUGCGAAGCGAGUGCCAUGCGGGGCGCUUGAAGGAGCUGCUGUCGGAGCAAGGCCCGGCGCCCGCCACAGCCUGGCUGCUGUCAGAGUGUCAGCCUUGCCCACGCUGCUUGACGCUGGUGCGGCGGGAG